AUGAGUUGCUGCGUGGCCAGCCCUGAGGAGCUUCAGGAGCAGCUCUUCGACUCCCAGCGAGCCUUAAGCGACGCCCGGCGUGCGCUCAGUGCCACGAAGAAGGCUUUGGCGGAUGCCGAGAAAUUCCAGCGGGACCAAGCUGAAGCCUAUGCCUGCCUCCGCCGCUGCGUCGAUGGAGCCAAUGCGCCUAUCGUUGCAGUGGAUCGAUAUGGCUUGAUCACGCGUUGGAACAAGAAGGCUGAGGAGGUCUUCGGGUGCCCCUCCGAGUCGGCCCUAAGGAGGCCCUUCUCUGAAUUCUUGGAGAAGGGUAGCCAGCUGGGUUUAGCUGACCUCCAGGCAGCAAUAACGUCCAAGGCCACAACGUCUGGGGGCUCCGCGAAGCUUCAACGACGCUUCUGUGUGCGCCAGCGCUCAGCGGGGCAACCGUGGCAUGAGGUCUUAUUCCUCGCUUCCAGCUGCCCCAGCGUGAGCAGCCGAGACGCCUCCGGCGUGCUGUACAUCGGCCAGGAACUCACAGAAUUGCUGAAGAGCUCCAACUCAGAAUUGACCAUGCAGGACCGGCUAAUACGCGAAGUGAAUGCCCCGUUGAUCGCGGUGGAUAAGAAUGGCCGAGUGGAGGAGUGGAACCGAGGCGCGGAGCUUUUGACAGGUUUCACCAAAGAGGAGGCAGUGGGGAAGCGCCUGGUGCAACGUUUCAUUGCUGAUGAGUUUUCCGACUCUGUACAGACGAUGCUCUCCCAGGGCAUGAACGGCCAGGAAAUCACCAACUACGAAUUCUCGCUUUGGACGAAGAGUGGCCACCGGAGAGAUAUCCUUUGGAGUGCCACUGGACGACGUGACCGCCAUGGCAACAUCGUGGGCGUGAUUGGCAUUGGCCAUGACAUCACCGAGCUUCGCUCAGAAUCCAAGAUGUUGGCCAACUACGUGCGCAUUUGUGGCGCAGCGGUGUGGUCCUUGAAAGGCAACGCCAAGACCGGUGUGGUCACGGACAGCAAGACGAGGGAGAUCGAGCACUUGAUCUCGCAGCAAGCGCAGAUGGACAUUUGCGAUCCGCGCAUGGUCCUGUGGCGCGCAUCCUUCGUAUCAAUCCUGAAGACCAUGUGCCAAAACUUCUGGAUGAGAAGAAAAGGCUUCCAAGAAGGACAAGUACCUCCAGAGAAGUGCCAAGGCGCAAGCACUGAAAUUGUCACCACAGACUUCGGCUAUGAGUUCUGCUUUGAGGCUCCAAAUGGAAGCGUCAAAUGGUACAAGGUGCAAGGUCAUCUCAUCCAGGAAUGCACCUUGGGAAGCCAGUUCGAAGUCACGGGCUCUAUGCAGGAAGUCACAUCAAUGCUCAUUGACAAAGUCAUGGGCGACAGGUGGCAGAAAUGGUGGAGCCGUAUGUGCCACAUGGUCUUUGAUGCCACUCUGUUAGUUGACACGCAGGAAUAUCGAGUCCUCAAUGCCUGGGGUGAAGAGAAGGUCUUUGGCUGCAAGCUGCAGUCGCACCACCCGCUCUUGCAGCUCAUCAAGCCUGAAGAUACCGAUUCACUCAAGGAGGCCUUCAAUGAGGUCACCUUCAAAGGUUUCGAGCGGGGGCGCACCUUGCACCUGCUGCGGCCUGGGAAUCAGCGCGACACACCAGCGCAGUGCUUCCUGCUUUCCGCGGACCAAGAGAACCCCAACGAAUGCAUGAUGGGCAUUCGCAUGCAGGUGACCUGUUCCGAUGAGAAUGUCUCCGUGCUUUGGGAUGUGGCAAAGCCCAAUCCGGUCUUGACGUUGGAAGACUUGGCCCGGCUCAGGUCGGGCCUCAAGCGCUCGCACCGGCGGCCAAGCCGGAACCUCCGCAAUGUGCCACACCGAUCGCAUCGAUCGAGGUCCUCAGAUCCGAUCGCGUCCUCCCACUCCCUGUCAAGCAUCCCAGAGGACUUGCACGGUGAGUUCGAAGAUGACGACGAUGACGCGAGGUCUGUUUCUGACAUGUCUGACAGAGGUUCAGAGGCAGAGAAUUCCUUCGCAGAUGACAGCGAGAGCCGAUGCUCGAGCUCUGAGCACAGCUCUACCUCCAAUGAUGAGGGCAUGUCUGAGGUUGGAGUUUGCAACAGCAGUCCAGCGCGAUCAGCUAGUGAGGACUUUGUUCCUGGUGCUCACCAUGAUUGGAGCUCCAACCCCUUCAACCUCUCACCCAAGAUGGGGCGCACUGGCGCGCACGAUGCCUUCUUCCCAAGUCACGGUGCCAAGUAUGGGGGCAUGCCGGCGAGGCAAUUGGCUCCCGGAGCCCCUUUGCCGGUGCAGAGGAAGGCACGAGUGGGACCUCCCACGGUGAAGCUUCGAUGGUCGGGCCAAUCCUUCUCGGUGAACCUGGACGACUUUGCCUCGAUUAGCGAGCUGCGGGUGCACAUCCACCGAGUCACAGGUGUGCCGGCCAUUCGGCAGACUCUGAUCCUGGGCGGACGCAGGCAUCGAGUUAGGGGCCUUGGUCGCCUCAGGGCACCUCACUAUACAAAUGACUACAAGGUCGUCUCUCUCAACAUGAGAGGAAGCACAAACCGCGUGUUAAGUGGGAAGCACAGACUUACAGUUAGGGGGCUGCUUAAUUGA